AUGUCGUCGCUCGACAUGCGUGCCUACCAGUACCAGACUAUCUCGUCUGGCCCGGAUCUCGAGAUCACCCGCAUCUUCCAUCUUGCACCAGGAGCUCCCGCAGAUCCCGUGGUCGGCAAGCUUUUGGAGAUGAACAUCGCUGACCCACGGCCUUUUGAGGCUCUCUCCUACGUGUGGGGCCCCGACAAGACGACCGAGGACAUCUAUUGCGAUGAUGCGGCCCUUCCCAUUCGCGCCAACGUUGCACAGAUCCUCCGCAAGAUCCGGCACCCCACCGAGCCUCGCCCCAUCUGGGUCGACCAGGUCUGCAUCAACCAGGUGAACUUGUAUGAGCGCAGCAAGCAGGUGCGGCACAUGAACACCAUCUACCGCAAAGCUUUGCGCGUGCUGGUGUGCUUGGGCGACGACGACGGGGACGGCCACGCGGAGCCCGCUUUCGCUCUAAUCCGGGAGUUGGCCGGCGCGUCCCGUGACAUGGGGCUAUCCGAGGAGUUCCAAACGAAACAGCGCAAGUUGCAGACGGCCAAUCCGCCGCCAGAUGCGCAGUGGGAAUCUUUGACCAUUCUCUUCCAGCAGCCAUGGUUCGACCGCAAAUGGAUUCUCCAAGAAAUUGGCACCGACGCCCCCGCGUCACUGCUUUGGGCCGAUGCCCGUAUCGACUGGUCAGAAGUCGCCGCUGCCGCCAACUUCCUCAAGGAUGACGGUUUUGGCUUCCGUCGCGCGUACGGCGUCUUGGUGUGGAAACCUUACUACAUGGACAAGCUCUUCUCGCCGGCGUCGUACGCAGAUAAGAAGGGGCUGGUCUUCGCCUACGAGCUCCACCGCGCCAGAUGGCAAAAGUGCGGUGACCCGCGCGACCAUAUAUUUGCACUGCUGGGCCACCCGGCGGCAGUCGAUCCAGUGACUGGUAAGCGCUGGGUCGAGGCGGAUUAUACAAAGCGAGUGGAGGAGGUGUACCAUGAGACGGCAAUGCAAUUGCUGGCCAAUGGGAAUGGGCUCAUGGUGCUGAAUGUGGUGCAGCAUGAGAGCCUGGACAAGGCGCUACAACGAGACGUUCCCUCAUGGGUACCGCAAUGGGAUGACCAAGCAAGUCUCCAUAACCUGCUCGGAGAUGACGUUUGUGUAUACAACCCGUCACGCGACAUACGGCCCGCAAUUCAAUUCACUGAGUCAUCUAGAGUCCUGAUAUCACCCGGUCUAGUCCUUGACACCAUCAGCGCGGUCUCCUGGGUGUUUGGGUCCCACGAUUUCAGUGACAGAAGCACCACCGUCGGCACCAUCUGGGCAGGGCAACCUGAGUGUGAGCGCCAAGGCCAAGAAGAGCUCCCGUCUUUCACCACGACCAAUAAGUAUCGAAACCAACAAGGCGAGAAUGCCGAGCCCGCGCUGCUCGCCUUGCUGGAAACUCUCUCGGCCGUCAAGAAGCGACGCAUGGACGCCUUCAUCCCCCUCCGCCAGCGCCAAGCCGAUGCAGCGGCUUUUGUGAACCGGGUGCAUGGAAAUGCAACCGCUACUGGCGUGGUUGGAGACGACAUUCGCGCGCUGGGCCAUGAAGGUGACGAGCAGCGCUGGCUGGAGCGCGCGUCCGGUGGCGCCCAGGGACGGUGCUUCGCGCGUGGCUGGGCUGGCUUCUACGCGCUGUGUCCGCCUGCUGCACAGGUCGGUGAUAAGCUGUGUCUCCUGUUCGGUGGAAAGACGCUGUACUGCCUCCGGCCGACGGGAGAUGCGGAGGGGUCAUAUCGCUUUGUGGGUGAGUGCUACGUGCAUGGGGUCAUGGAUGGGGAAGCGUUGAAUAUGAUGGAGGCUGGAGACCUGACACAGCAGACAUUGAGAAUCCGAUGA